ACUCUUCGAUCUCUGCUUACAACUAACAACUACAAGAAACAAAAGAACACCCAUUAUCCAUUUUUCACUCCACUUUUCUCCCUCUGCGUUGGAAUUUUGUUAACCCUGUCUUUCUUUAUCCCAUUUUCUUGGAUUUUUGUGUGGGUUUGACCUUUGGGUUUUGUUUUGCGUGUUCGAGAAGGAUGCUGCUGCAUUGUCUUCAGCCCGGAAAGCUCCAUUCCAAGAAGAUUAUUUUUGAAGAUGUGUUUUCUGCGCGUGAUUCUGCCACGCUUGAACAUUUGAAGGAGUUGAGCUCUAGGCGUAGAGUAAUCGAGGAGUCCAUUAAUGAGAGCAGCUUCAUUACUGAAGCUAUUGCAAGAGAAAUGUCUGGAGGCUUGACUUCUCAUUGUCUAAGGGACCUUCAGAAACUGGAGCAAUACCUGCCACUGUUGGAGAACUUUAUUUUUCAUGUUGAUUUGGUGUGCAGCAACGACCAUGUUGCUCAUUGGAUUUCAGAACUUAAGAUCCGUUGGAGUAGCGCUCUUAACUCAUCAUCUUUCUUUAACCUUAGGGGUCCAAAGUUUUUUCAAAUUGAUAAUUUGCGUUAUGAGCUUGGUAUGACCCUUUACCUUUACUCCGCAUUGCUUCGGGAGAGGGGGCUAUAGAAAUUCUUCCAGCAGAUUUGGUGCAAUCUGCCACUCUUUUCAGGGAAGCAGCUGGUGUUUUUCAGUAUCUUGCUAUUGAGAUUUUUCCUUCUUUACAAUCUGCACACUCGGUAGAAAGGCCACCGGAAGCAACUCCAUCCAUUUGCUCUGUUAUGCGCCUAAUUUGCUUGGCUGAAGCCCAGGUUAGUGUUAAGGCCUUCGCAUUUCAAUAUCAUAGGAUAUAUACCCCAGAUU